GAGGCAACAAGGGGGGGACGGGAACAAUGUCAUCAUGGUCGCCUUAAAAAAGAGUGCAGCUAUGUUGUGGUGAAAAGCACCUCGGGAGGAGAACAGAGGAUCAGUAGCAGAAAGGAAACAACAACAACAACAACAAAAAAGACGCAUCAGAUGAAAGUGGAUUUUUCCUCCUCGUCCGAAGUGCCUUCAGCUCUCUCUCUCCGUCCAGCGCGAACAUGCCGAGAGGAUUUUUGGUGAAGCGGAACAAGAAACCCAACCCGGUGUCUUACCGGGUCCGCUGUGAUGAGGAUGAAGCGGCGGCUGAUGCUCCAGCGCGGUCCUUCAUCGCGCCUCUCCCCUCCGUCCCGGUGCGCGCACAGACGCCGACGCCCACCUGCGGGGCGGCGGCUCCAGAGAAGGACGCGAAACCGGUGCAGUUUGGAAACCCGGAGUCGGUGUACCAGCCGCUCUACAGCCCCACCCGCCCCGUCAGCCAGGAUCACGAGCGCUCCUACUUUGACAGACGCUUCAACCUCGGCUCACCGGUCACCGCGGAGUCUUUCCCCACGCCGGCAGCCCUCACGGCUCUGGAUCACCUCUUCGCCCCGGUGGAUCUGAAGAUCGCCUCGAGUAACAGCAGCCGCACCGGCACCGUCAGCACCGCAUCAUCAUCCACCAGUGCUCUCCCCACCGCGGGGGCCAAACGACCCUCCGGCGACACCGAGCGCAAAGGCAAACCUGCAUCCAAGAAAACCAAAGCUAUCCGGAAACUGCACUUUGAGGAUGAUGUCACCACGUCUCCGGUCCUCGGGCUCAAGAUUAAAGAGGCCCCGGUGGAGCCUCUCAGACCCCAGCAAGCCGGAGGAGACAACCCGCCUUUGGGGGAGUUCGUGUGCCAGCUUUGCCGGGAGGCGUACGCGGACCCGUUCGCCCUGGCGCAGCACAAGUGCUCCAGGAUAGUCCGGGUCGAGUACAGGUGUCCCGAGUGUGACAAGGUGUUCAGCUGCCCGGCGAACCUCGCCUCACACCGGCGGUGGCACAAGCCGAAGCAGCAGACCGGAGCGGCUGCGCACAGUCUGGAGAACGAGAAGGCUGCAGCUGCAUCCGGUAAAACUGAUGAAGUGAAGGAUUCUAGUGACAGGGACACACCCAGCCCAGGACCGUCCGAGUCCGGCUCCGAGGAAGGGCUUUAUGAUUGUAACCACUGUGGGAAAAAGUUUAAGCGUCAAGCGUACCUGCGGAAGCACCUGGCGUCUCAGCACGGCUCCGCGAAGCCGGCGGAGGACGAGGACGCCCCUGUGUGCGAGCAGAGCGCGGCGCCGCUCAACCUGAGCGCGUCCAACUGCCACCUGUGCCCGGUGUGCGGGGAGAACUUCUCCAACAGGGGCAGCCAGGAGCGGCACAUCCGACUGCUGCACUCCUCGCAGGUCUAUCCCUGCAAAUACUGCCCCGCCAUCUUUUACAGCUCCCCGGGACUCACCAGACACAUCAACAAAUGCCACCCGUCCGAGAACCGGCAGGUGAUCCUGCUGCAGAUGCCGCUCCGCCCCGCCUGCUGAUCUGGGACUCUGGGGCUCCUUUCACACUGUCAGAUCAUCCAGCAGCUCCAUGUGAUGGAGGAUUUAAUGGUUACACUGCAAAAAAAUAUAAAAAAUCCAACAUAGAAAGAUUUUUUGAGAAUGUUGGGCUCCUAAAGUCUUCAUUUUUUAAAAUCAAGAGAAAAGUUUUGCAAGUAGCUGAUACUCUUGUUGACCUUCCUGUUGAUUUGAGACUUUCAUCUCAACUUUUAACAGUUUUCCUUUUUU